AUGGAUCGUAAGGCUGAGGAAAAAAGAAAGCAGCACCACAGCUUGACUUUAUUGGAACAAGUAAAGAGAAUGAAAGAAUCAGCGGAGAUAGUUGAUGUUGUCCUAGUUGCAGAAGGUGAGAAAUUCCCCUGCCAUAAGGUAGUGCUGGCUGCCUUCAGUCCCUAUUUCAAAGCCAUGUUUACCUGUGGCUUGGUUGAAUGCACUCAAAGGGAAGUGGUGCUGUAUGACAUCUCUGCAGAGAGCGUGGCCGUACUCCUCGCGUACGUGUACAGCGCAGAGCUGCACCUCACCAACCACAAUGUGCAGACUGUUGCGCUUGCUGCCUAUUUCAUGCAGAUGGAAGAUGUUUUCAGUAUGUGUCAGAAGUACAUGAUGGACCAUAUGGAUGCUUCCAACUGUGUAGGCAUCUACUACUUUGCAAGCCACAUUGGGGCAGAAGAUUUAUCUGACCAAGCGAGGAAAUAUUUAUAUCAGCAUUUUGCUGAGGUGAGCCUACAGGAAGAAAUAUUAGAGAUUGAAUUCCAGCAGCUGUUGACUCUCAUAAAAUCAGAUGAUCUGAAUAUUUCCAGGGAGGAGAACAUUCUAGACCUUGUCAUUCGAUGGGUCAAACACAGCAGAAAAUCACGUGAAGAGCACCUCAUUGAGCUCCUGAAGCAAGUGAGACUGGUACUUGUCAGCCCUUCCUUUCUGCUGGAAGCCCGCAAGAGGAACACAAUGAUCCUGUGCAAUUCGGAAUGCAAUGACAUGUUUGAGGAAGCACUGAAAACCAUCAAACUAUCCAGCCACCCUUCUCUUAGCCUGCGCUAUGGCAUGGAGACUACUGAUCUCUUACUCUGCAUUGGCAACAAUUCUCUCGGCAUUAGGUCAAGACACGGUAGUUAUGCAGAUGCCAGCUUUUGCUACGCUCCUGCAACACAAAAGACUUACUUUAUCUCCUCCCCAAAGUACGGAGAGGGCUUAGGAUGUGUUUGCACUGGUGUCGUGACUGAGAAAAAUGAUAUUAUUGUGGCAGGCGAGGCAAGCGCUGUCAAAAGGUCCAGACAAAAGACCAGGAACAUCGAAAUUUAUAGAUACCACCAGCAAGGGAACCAGUUUUGGCACAGCCUGUGCACCACUGAGCUCCGUGAACUCUAUGCAUUGGGCACUAUCCAUAAUGAUCUCUACGUAAUAGGAGGGCAAAUGAAAGUGAAAAAUCAGUAUCUGGUUACAAACAGUGUGGAAAAGUAUUCCAUGGAGCAAGGCACCUGGAGAACCACGGCACCUCUUCCUGUACCAUUAGCCUGCCAUAUGGUGGUGACGGUGAAGAAUAAGCUCUAUGUGCUGGGUGGAUGGACGCCACAGAUGGAUCUGCCUGACGAUGAGCCGGAUCGAUUAAGUAACAGAAUGUUUCGGUACGACCCAGGCCAAGACAAAUGGACAGAAAGAGCACCAAUGAAGUACUCCAAAUACCGCUUCAGCGCAGCCGUAGUCAACAGCGAGAUUUAUGUCUUGGGAGGAAUUGGGUGCCUUGGUCAUGACAGAGGACAGACACGCAAAUGUCUUGAUGCUGUGGAGAUCUAUAACCCUGAUGGAGACUUCUGGAGGGAUGGACCUCCAAUGCCUUCUCCCCUCCUCUCCUUACGAACAAACUCCACUAGCGCUGGCUCCGUGGAAGGAAAGCUCUACCUCUGUGGAGGAUUUCAUGGAGCAGCUACCAUCAUCAAGAAAAAGAUGGCUGGAGUCCAUAUGCUGGACCUGAAGAAGUUCUCUAGCUGGCCUCUGUCCCUGGCUCUGUAUUCUCUGCGUGCUCUAGAGAACUUUCACCUGAUCUGUUCUUCAGGGGUGAAGGGUGGAGUGAGAGAGGGUAUUUAUAUUAUCACCAAGGCCAG